AUGGACACUGAUGUAAAUCCAUGUGACAGCUUUUAUGACUUUGCAUGUGGCAAAUGGUCUAAAAUGAAUUCGAUCCCCGAGGGUUCGUCAUACUACAGUACAUACAGAGAAAAGAGCGAAUCUAACCUAUUGAUUAUUAAAUCUGUGUUGGAAAAAGAAAUAAGUCCUGGUGAUAUAGAUUCUGUUGUUAAAGCAAAGAAAUUCUACAAGUCAUGCAUGGAUACAGAUAAAAUAGAGAAGCUUGGGAAUGCUCCUCUACACGAAUAUAUGGAAAGUAUGGGUGGAUUACCAAUGUUGGGGGAUGCUCCAGGCGGUAGAUGGGAUUCAAGUUCUUAUUCAUUAGAGGAUCUUCUUGUUAAAUCAUUCCACAUGACACCUUCUACACCAAUGGUUCAUCUUUCUAUAAGGGAUACAAAACAGAAAACAUAUCGAUUCGAACUCCAAAUCGAACAGCCGGAAAUGGACGCGUUUCUGACAAGUCAAGAUUCUGAAAUAUAUCUUAAUGGUUACGAGACUUACCUAAAGGAAAUUUUUCUAGCUUUAGGUGCUAAUGAAAGCAUAGCAGCUGUUUACGCAAUGGAUAUAGUUAAUCUAGAAGUUGAUAUUGCAAAAAUUUUAAUACCAUUUGGAGAAGGGACCAGUGGCCGUCUUUCAGUGAACGAACUUCAAGACUUAGUUCCAACU